AUGGAUCCAAAACCAACAAUCAAAUUCAAGCUGAACGGGGUAUCUACAUCCAAUGCCGACAUUGACAAGAUGGAACUCGAAGCUUGCUAUCAUGCUUUGAACAACCUGCGGAGUUUAUUGUUUCACCAGCCAAUGUUAGAUCUCUUGAGUAACCAGAUCGACGAGGGAAAUCAAUAUUUCGAAUCCUUGAUCAAACAUUCAAAAGGUGGACGCCGAGAAUGCAGAACAUAUAUGAAAGUCACCGGUGUCUCGGCAACAGAUCUUAAGAUAAUCAGCAGCAGGUGGCUGCGUUCCAAGCCCAUCGAGGACAUGGCGCUUAGGUAUGUGUUCUCAACCCACCCCGAGCACUAUGCAGUCAUGCAUGGACCAGGCGCACUGCCGCGAAAUGCGCCAGACUGCGGCGUGGAGGUGAUCGGGGAGCACAUGGCCAAGAUUCGAUAUGUUGAUCUACAGGACGGCGGAGAAGAUGUGCCCGGAUGGAUAAUGAAACAGCGGGACUACGAUUACGAAAUGGUCGAGAUGUUGGCCGCCAAGCUCACUAGCGGAAGUGGAUUCUUCUUUGUCAUGAAUGAAUUCAUGGAUACCGAGGGUGGCUGCAAGAUUAAGCUACGGGUGUUUUUCCCGUCUGCGGCACCUUGGUCGAUUGUUAAUCAACAUGCGCAGCAUCUUGCAAUCGAGUUCCGGAAUCUUCUCAAGAUGGUUCAUCAGACUAUUGAGGAUCUGGAAGAUAGUUUUUGA